AUGAAGUAUUUAAAAAAAAAAGCCAGAAAGCAGUCACCAACUUCACUAUCAACAGAUGUUGAACAAUCUUCGGCCAUAAACGCACCUGAAUCGAAAAAGUCUGACAGUUUGGAAAAUCUUGCCAUGGAUUUGAAGCUACGCCCAAAAAAAGCGACAACAGAGUAUCAAGCUGAUGACGCGAUUGUACCUGAUAAUAGAUACGCCGAUAUGGAUGAGGCGGCUUCGAUUUGGCAACAUGUUAAAUCGAUUUUGUCAUAA